UUAGAGAUUUGUUCACGGAUUUCUGUUGAAUUUUCCUUAUAAGGUUAUUAUAUUAUCAAAUAGAAACAACUGAAACAGCCAAGCUGGGUUACAUUAUGGGACAUGCUCAUGAUGGCAUCAUAUUUAAGUGACGUUUUUGAAGCACGGUAGUGACUUUUGGAAAAGGCUCAACACAUUUUAAUGAGAUGUGCAAACUCAUCAUUACGAUAUACUAGGAGAAAUGCUUUGACAGACGAAGUGGGAACAACUGGGAGAGUGAGUGAUGGAGAGUCAGGAACAGGGGCAUACGAGUUGGGUUUUCCAGGUUGUGGAGGUGUUUCCGGGUGGAAGAGAAGGAGGGACCGAGCGGAGAGCCCUAAGUCCUGAAGACAACUGGGAAGAAGUUCUCACAGAUGCUGCUUCUCCUCUGGCUCAGAUCAUGUCUACCAUGAACGAAGCAGCCCACCAGCUGUCCAGAAGUGGGACGAGCCUCUAUGCAGUGCUGGAGCUUAAGAAGGGUGCCUCACCUGGAGACAUCAAAAAAUCCUACAGCCAUUCUCCAUUGCUUCCCCACCCUCCUUUUGGGUAUCGCCUGGGUAGGAAACUGGCCUUGCAGUAUCAUCCCGACAAGAAUCCAGGGAAUGCUCAAGCAGCAGAAAUAUUCAAAGAGAUCAACGCAGCUCAUGCCAUACUGAGCGACUCUAAGAAGCGGAAAAUUUACGACCAGCAUGGCUCAUUGGGAAUGUAUCUGUAUGAUCACGUUGGUGAAGAAGGCGUCAGAUACUAUUUUAUUCUGAAUAGUUGUUGGUUCAAGACACUUGUCAUCCUGUGUACUCUGCUCACUUGUUGCUGUUUCUGUUGUUGCUGCUGUUUUUGCUGUGGAGCACUUAAACCACCACCUGAGCAGGGUAGUGGGAAAAAAUAUCAGCAGAAUGUCCAGAGUCAGCCUCCAAGGUCAGGAGCCAAACGUGAUUUUAGAAGCGAGGAAAAUAGCGAAGAUGAUUUUUAAGAGAUGAAGAAGGAUGAGAUAUGUAAACCGAAAGGCAGCAAUAGUUAUCAGAUAAGAAAAGCAUGUGCUGACCCAGUGAGGGUGCCUUCUGCUGCCCAGUCCCCUGGACACAUUGAAGAGAGGAGCAAGUAGCCCUGUCCUGACACUGACCCUGAUUUGACCCCUCUUCUUAUAAGAAUCUCAAGAAUCUCUUCAGAAGCAUUGAUGACGUUGGUCCCAGUAAGGCCAUCACCUCUGCCCUUGGUACCACAACUCUGUAUGGGGUUGCCCAGCUACUCUUCUUUUUAGCUGCAGUCCCAAUUUUACUCCGUCAGAAAGCAGCCCUCCCCUCCCUUCCCUUAUGAGGUCUCAGGCAGUGGUGGCAGAUUUUUCCUGAAGAGUUUUUUUCCUGUGUUUGCCUUGUUAUUGGAACCAAUGCCAGCUGGUAGGGUCCCUGAGCCCCUUGCGAUAUCACCACCAAGAGCCUGAUAACUGAGCAGGGUGGAUCCUGUCCCUGGAGCUGCUGCACCAGUUAAUUCUCCCUUGUUGCAACUCUGUGUACCAAGAACCCCUAGCAUCAGCCUCAUUCCUAAGCCAAUAACGCCUUUAUGGAGCUGGUCUCACCUUCUGGUGCCCACGGCCGUUGGCAUUGCCAGCCUCAUUCCAUGCCACUAUGAGUCAACUCAGGAAAACUGCGAGUGCAUUUGAGGCUUAGGGGUAGUCAUUCCAUCUUUAGAUUAUCCUUGGACUUCAGCUACCAGCACAGCAUGCAUUAGCCUUGGUCCUGUAGGUUAACUGAAGUUCAAACAUCAGUGCCAGCUUGCCUCCAUCCUUUUCACAUCUUAUGCAGGCCAAUUGACGUAUAAUUUGUUCUUAAAAAUAGGGGCAUGAAAUAUGUGAUCCGGAAAAGAUUGUACUUUCUGGA